AUGUAAGAAUCUAUAACAAAAGAAAUAUUUAUAGAAAAAUAUUUAAUAUUACAGAAUUCACAAAAUAAGUACAAUAGAGAACAAGCAAACUAAUAUAUAAUAAAUUUUUAAAAAUCACAAUAAUCCUGGUAAAUAUCACGUGAACUAUUAAUCACAGAGGAUCCUUAAAUAUAAUUUUUAGGAGCAUAAAUAAUAUACUUAAAAUUAAAAUAAUAAUUCUUACAAUUAACACCAGAAAACUAAAAUGAACUUAAAUUAUUUUUAUUCUAAUGCUUAGAAAAAAACUUACAAACUCCGACUUUAAGAUAAUUAUGCUCUGCAAUAUCUAUAUUAGGUAUUAUAGGAAUAUCUUAAAGUACAUGGCAUGAUUUUAUUGAAAAUUUAAUAUUCUAUAUGCAAAAAGGUGAAAAAGAAUUAAUUUUAGGAUUAGAAAUAAUAAAAAGUUUACCAGAAAAUCUUUAAGAUAUGAUAUUAGGAUAAUCUCAAGUUAAUUAAAUUAAAGAAUUUCUCUUAUCAAAAAAGACUUAUAUAUUUUAAAUAUGGGAUUCUUUAUUAAUUCUAAAUAAUUCUAAUAUUAUCGAAAAAACUCUUUAGUGUAUAAAUUCAUGGAAUUUUGUUAAUUUUUACAUAUUAGAUUAACUUUCUAUAUUAGAAAAGAUUCUAAAUUAAUAAAAUUAUAAAGAAAUUGUUUGUGAAAUUCUUUAAAAAACUUUAAAAAACUCUCCUAAUAUCCACAUAUUAGAAGAAAAUACUCUCCAUGAAACAAAAAAGCAUCUUCCAGAAAACGAAGUUCUUUCAAUAGAAAAAUUCUUAUUUUUUGUAAUUACUAAAGUGCUUUUUCAUGUGAAGUCCUUCUUUAAAUUUUUGAGGUUUUCCCGAUUUUAUUAAUUGAUAGUAAUGAGGAAAUUCAUAAAAAACUAACAUAAAUUUUCUUUUUUUUCCUUUCUUCAGAAAGCUUCCUAAUAUCCUCUACAUCAUUUUCUUUUUUUUAAUAAUAUACUAAAAACUUAAAAGCUUAUAAACAACCGAAUGUGGAAGAUUUCCGUUUAGAAAUCUACAUAAAAAGUCUAGAAAUUCUCCUUUAGAAAAUAAAGUGUAAAUCCCAUGUCAUAAACCUUAAAAAAAACACCACAAAUAAAAAAAAAAUCAUUAAUCUAGAAACCAACGAAGAAGAAAACUACGAAGAAGAAAAUUUACAAGAAGAAAACGAUGAAGAUAUCCAGUUUAAUGAAUAUAGAGAAAAUACACAAGAAGUAUUUUAUAAUAUAUUUUAAGCUCUAAGGGAUUUUAGAUAAGAAAAAGGCAUUUUUUACAUAUAUAAUUACCUCUUCUAAAAUCUCGAUAAAGAUAUAUAAACCUCAGAAGCCAUAAUAUAUGCCAGUAUAUAAUUUAUAGAACUUGAGUCUUUAUAAAAACUAAACACUAAUGCAUAAUAAAUGCUUCUUUACAUAGCUGAAAAAAUGCCAAUUUCUCCCUUGAUUUUAUAAACUGCUUUUUAAUAUAUUUAUGAGGCUCUUUUUUCUUUUAAACAUUAAGAAAAUGAGUUUUUAUUUAAAAAAAUUCUCAUUUUUUUAAUCCAGAAUUUUUUUUAUGAAAUAUAAAUAUAAAAAUAAGCCGCUUUAACUUUCCAAAGUCUACUCGAAAAUACUGAAAUUGGUCAAAAAAAUGACAUUUUUGAAAUUUUAUUGUAGUUUUUUUAAAAGAUUUUUUACUAAAAAGCCUCUUUUUUUAUCCAAAAAAUUUCUUUUCCAAAGCUUCGCUUCAAUUAAGUUCAAAGACUACUUCCUACCCUUCAUAGAUCUCUAUAUUUCUAUAAUAAAAACCUCAGGGGAUCUGUUAGGCUCUGAAUAUGAGGAAAUGUUGGAUAGUGUGAUGCAUUUUUGGAAGGAAAACCCAAUAAAAUACUUCCAAGUACUAAAAAUUAUCACCUUUUUGUUAUAGGAAAACCCUAAUAAUUUCUAAAAAUGGGUAUAUUAGUCUUUUGUGGGUUUUAAUGAAUUUUUACUGUAAUUUUUUUCUCAAAAAAAUGAAAAUUUAGACCCUGAUUUGUUAAAAAUUUACGUGGAAAUUUUCAAAAAUUUAAUUUCAAAAUUUCCUUCUUUUUUUUCACAAAACCAGCUUAUUUUUGAAAAAAAUACCCUUUUUAUAUUGAACAUUUUCUCCAAAAUAGAAAAUUAUGGUAUGACUCGGGAAAUAUUACUCUUCUUAAGCUCCCUAAUUUAAAGAAAUGAAAACUUCCUAAACAAUAAUGCUUUCUUGAAUAUUUUCGCAUCAAUAAUUUAGGCUAUAGGUGUUAUUUAGAAAGUUCAAAUUAAUUACAUAGCAGCCAUAGUGAUUUAAUGUGUGAAAAACAUCAAAAAUUAUCAAGCAUGCCUAGAUGUAGUUGAAAGAAAUUUAACAUUUGAAGAUGAUGUUUUAUUAGAAAAUAAAAAUUUAUAAGUAAAUGUAUUGUUGAUAUGGCCUAAUUAGGAAAUUUGGCACUUGUAAAAAGGGUUUUAAGUGCUUUUUAUUCAUAUGUGGCAAAGUAGAGUAGUUUAGAAGAUAUACUAUAUGAGUAUUAAUUAUUAUGAUUUGGUAUAUUAAUUAUUAUGUUUAUGGAGUA